AUGAUUAAUCUUAAUACUAUUGUUCAACGAAUUAUUUUUAUUUUUUCAAUUGUUAUUCUCUUUUGGAUAUUAUUCAUAAUAAUUUAUUUAAUAAAACAUCUUAUUAUUCGAUUUAUAAAAAAUUUAAAAAUUUUUCAUCAUAAUAAUUCAUUAUUAAUAUCAAAUAAUAAAAUUUGUCAAAUAUCUGUUAUUUCAUUAAAUCAAUAUAGAUCUAUACAACCAUUCUAUCAUUUAGAUAGUUUAUUUUUAAAUAAUAAAAAAAUUUAUUUAAUAAUUAAUAAUUCUUUACAAUAUCAACAAUCAAAAAUAUAUCUAUUAAAACAUUAUUUAAAUACAUAUAAUCCAUUACAAAUUAAUUUAAUUGAUACUCAUGAACAAACUAUUAUACAAACAAAAUGUCAAGGAUAUAUUCAAUGA